AUGUCGAGAAUCACCAUGGUUCAUGACGAUACACCCGCGGUCGUUUACAGGCCUCUUACGUAUGAGGACGCGGUACAGCAAGCACGGGAAACAUUUGUAAUCCCGACAAACGAACCCGUAGAACUCUCAUGCCAAUAUCUCAGCAUGGAUCGAGUCGUGCUCGACAAGGAUAACUGGAGUCGUCUAUCACCUACUGUUCACACCAUAUUUGUCGUCGGGCGUGCGAUACCGACCAUCAGAAGUCCUACACUAAGCCCAAAGUCGACGUCACGCCCAACCAUUUCGUCGAUACGUCCCUCUAUUUCCCCUUCUGACAAGUCUAUAUCCAUUUCUCUACCGGCACAGAAAGAAAGAGAAUCCUUGGAUACCCCCUCGACCCCUCCGACGACAACUCGCCCUCGAAGUAGCCGACCGCUCCCAACGCCUGGAGCUCCAUCCACUUCUACUCUUCCGCAGACACCAUCUCCAACAGUAUCUCGUCCACGCAUACAAAGUUUCAUUCCAAAGCCGCCACCACUAGACCGCCUGGCGCCUCCGACUAGUCCUUUGCAAAGAACCAACGCCUCUCAUAUCUCAUUCACCGCAUGCUACGUUGAAUCGGCGAAUAUUGAAGAGACACCGCCAGAGUAUCGAAGAUUUACUCUCCCCAGGUCGACCACAGUCGGCGACCUCAAGCAGCAGCUUGCGGAUACGUUUGCCGUCGCAGAGUAUCAGCAAAACCUAUGGAUAUCAACAGAGGCAGUUACUGCGGAAGACACCGAGACCUUGGAGAGUGUCGGGAUCCGGGACGAAACCCUGUUGGUGGUGACGCGCACCGUGGUCCUCAAGAUAAUCGUUGAAGUGCAGAGACUGGAUUCAACCCCGAUCCAUCUCUCGGAAGAGAGUACCUCGUCCAUCGCCAGCGACUUGACGCCACUCUACGAAAGUCAUCCCACUUAUAUAGUAGAUCAGAUGAAUCAGUUUGGACCUGCUUUGAACGGUAUUACCGGCGGUUCUUGGCUCAACUGUAUGCUCUACAUGCUGGAGAUUGUGCUGUUGUACUUUUAUAUCAAGGAGUUUUGGAGUAGCGAGAAGAAGCUCGUCAAGUUCUUUGUCUCCCUUUGCUUUCUUACAGACACUGUCUGUACGAUUGCUAUCUGCGCUUGGGUGUUUAUGUCAGACGUUCAGCAUUGGGGAGAGGCUGAUUAUCUUGCAAAGCAGUAUUGGCCGACCCCUACGUACGUUUUUUGCACGACCGCCGUCGGGGCGUUGCUCGAGGCAGUCGAUCAUUACCGUGCGCUCUUCAUCUGCACGCUGACAGCUCUCGCUGGAGGAUGCUACGUCGGCUGCGUACUCAUAUUGUUCGACUCGUAUACGGAUCGCGAAAGAGCAACGACUGCUGCUACCAUCUGGCUCGGCUCCUCUUGUAUUGCCGACAUUUUGAUCGUCGUCUCCCUUGUCAUCACUUUGCUCCAAGCCACGAAACGUACCUCUUUACGUAGUACGAAGCAGGUCCUUACGCGCCUCGCUUAUAUCGCUGUGCAGUCGGGCACCUUUACAACCAUACUCGCAGCACUUGUUCUCUCCAUCUUCCUCGCCAAACCAGAGACAAACGACUCUGCAUAUUUUUCCUUUUGUCUUGGCCGCGCUUAUACCAUUACAAUGUUAUCCAAUCUCAAUGUUCGCAAGUCGAUCCAAUGCAGCGUUUCUAGCCGGAUCACCAACACACUCAGCGGCCUCGAAUCUGGUUCUCGAAGGCUCGGGGGCAGCGCAAAUAGAGGCUCCGCGGCCAAUAUUAUCGGCUCAGUGCCCUGCCGUCCGCAUGAAGGAGAGGUUUUCCACCUCGACGGAAUUCAGGUGCAUCGAGCCCUGCCCGACAAGCGCUCACUUCAUGGAUCGCACGAUAUAGAGAUCAUUGUCGACAAGAUUCAAGAGAGCCGAGUUGUUUAA